CAAUAGGUGGCGAGGCAGGAAGGCGUUUUUUGUGUUGAACUUCCAAGCUGGCAGUCUGGACGUUUCUAGUGCGGGUUUUGUCAAAGAAGGAAUCAGAAUGUCAUCAGGAGCACUCUUUCCCAGUCUGGUGACAGGCUCGCGCAGCUCGUCCAGCAAAUACUUGGUUGAGUUCCGGGCUGGUAAAAUGACCCUAAAGGGCAGCACGGUGACCCCAGAUAAACGCAAAGGCAUGGUCUACAUCCAGCAGACAGAUGACUCUCUCAUCCAUUUCUGUUGGAAGGACAGAACCACAGGAAAUGUUGAUGAUGAUCUGAUCAUUUUCCCUGAUGACUGCGAGUUCAAGAGGGUGAGCCAGUGCACCACAGGGCGGGUCUACGUGCUCAGGUUCAAGGCCGGCUCCAAACGGCUCUUCUUCUGGAUGCAGGAGCCCAAAGCGGACAAAGACGAGGAGUACUGCCGCAAAGUGAACGAGUACCUGAACAACCCGCCCGUACCGGGCACCCAGGGCAGCGGGAGCAGCAGUGGCCAUGAGCUCUCGGCACUGGGAGGAGAGGGCGGCCUGCAGAGCCUUCUGGGAAACAUGAGCCAUAACCAGCUCAUGCAGCUGAUUGGACCCACAGGACUAGGGGGGCUCGGUGGGCUCGGAGCUCUCACAGGUCCAGGGCUGGCCAGUCUGUUGGGCAGUGGUGCACCAACCAGCAGCAGUUCAACGUCAAGCUCCCGCAGCCCGUCGGCAGCGGCCACGCCCUCUUCCGGAUCGGCUCGCCUUGGUUCCACCCAGGCGCCCACCCCCCCGGUGACGCCCGCCGCGACCUCUGCGGGGUCCCCCACCGUCACGCCCACCACCCCGGCGUCUCAGACCCCCUCCCUGGCUGCCGGAGUGGGGAGCCCCACGCAGCCCAUCCAGCUGAGGGACCUCCAGAGCAUCCUGGCCACCAUGAACGUGCCAGCCGCAGCCGUGGAAGGCCAGGGAGUGGACCUGGCGAGUGUGCUGACCCCCGACGUCAUGGCUCCUAUUCUGGCCAACCCCGAGGUGCAGCAGCGACUUUUCCCAUUCCUGCCUGUAGGAGACGCUCUCCCACAGGGCGCCGAGGAGAUCCAGGGCACGCUCACCUCGCCACAGUUUCAGCAGGCGAUGAGCAUGUUCAGCAGUGCGCUUGCAUCAGGGCAGCUCGGUCCUCUCAUGAACCAGUUCGGCCUGCCUGCUGAGGCAGUGGACGCAGCCAACAAAGGAGACGUGGAGGCGUUUGCCAAGGCCAUGGAGGGUGUCGGCGGGACGGCGAGCGACCCGGGCGACGCCAAAGAGCAGAAGGACGAAGACGAGGACAUGAGUCUGGAUUAGUGAAGCAUGUCUUCCGUAAGGUGCUGUGUCCACGGUGCUGUUAGUAAACCCUGCAGGUCUGACCAGUAUGCUUGUGUGUUUUGUAAGCGUGUUGUGCAAUUAAAUUCUUGACAGUC